CCGAAUGACAACAAACGAGUCUCAGUCCUUCAUGAAACUCUGCUCACUGAGGGACAGGCGUUGCAUGUGGGCUUUCGAACUAUUUUCAGGAAAAAGAAGACGCCCUUAUAACGCGAGAGGGCCGUGGUAUUAUGGCCUCUCAAGCUAAUAGUAGAGAUAGCAAUGCUCAGCGUAAAAUUCUAGAAGAUUUGCAGUUGAAGAAGCAGAUGAUAUUAAAACAGGGUGUAUCCCAAGCACUGAGUGCCCCAGCCACGUCUCAGCAACCCACUGGAUGGUCCUCAGGAACAGACGGACACAUUGCUGGUAACAGUCAACGCUCCAGUUUACUUCAGGCAACAUCAUCAAGCUUCGGUUAUUUUAUUCCUCAAGACUCCUCUUUUGGAAAUUUCAUCUUGCCAGUUCUACCACGGCUUGAACCAAAAUGA